CCCAGCCCUCCGCCCCCUCCUCGGGACUAUCCCCUUCCGCCCCUUUUGUAUGCCGAACAGCCUGUGUAGAAAGGCUGGACCCUCGGCGGCGGAGUCUGACGCUGACCUGAGAGGGAGGGCUCGGUGUCGAAGAGAUGAAUCGGACAAAGGGUGAUGAGGAGGAGUAUUGGAAUAGCUCCAAGUUCAAGGCUUUCACCUUUGAUGACGAAGAUGAUGAGCUCUCACAGUUAAAGGAAUCCAAGCGGGCAGUGAAUAGCCUUCGAGACUUCGUGGAUGACGAUGAUGAAGAUGACCUGGAGAGAGUCAGCUGGACCGGGGAACCUGUGGGAAGUAUCUCAUGGUCCAUCAAAGAGACUGCUGGUAAUAGCGGGUCAAGCCAUGAGCGUGAACAGCUGAAGAACCGAAACAGCUUCUCCACCUAUGCACAACUACCCAAACCUGCUUCUACCUACUCUCUGAGCAGCUUUUUUAGAGGGAGAACUAGACCUGGAAGUUUCCAGUCCCUCUCUGAUGCUCUGUCAGACACACCUGCCAAGAGCUAUGCUCCAGAGCUGGGGAGACCCAAGGGGGAGUACAGGGAUUACAGCAAUGACUGGAGCCCCAGUGACACAGUGCGGCGCCUCCGGAAGGGCAAGGUCUGCUCACUGGAAAGGUUCCGCUCCUUACAGGACAAAAUCCAGCUCCUAGAAGAAGCAGUAAGCAUGCAUGAUGGAAACGUCAUUACUGCAGUUCUGAUCUUCCUGAAGAGGACGCUGAGUAAAGAGAUCCUCUUCCGAGAGCUGGAGGUGCGGCAGGUUGCGUUGAGACAUCUCAUUCACUUCCUUAAGGAGAUAGGUGAUCAGAAGCUGCUUUUAGACCUCUUUAGGUUCCUAGAUAGAACAGAAGAGCUUGCGCUGUCCCAUUAUCGAGAGCACUUGAACAUUCAGGACCCUGAGAAACGAAAAGAAUUUCUUAAGACAUGCGUUGGAUGCUCUAAAGGGAGCAGAGAUCAGAAUUGUGAAGCCCGUGAGCAUCUUACACUUAGAUGUUUGCCAUUUUCAGCAGAAGAUUCUGCCCACAUACAAGACCAUUACACACUCCUGGAACGUCAGAUCAUUAUCGAGGCAAACGAUCGGCAUCUAGAAUCAGCAGGACAGACUGAGGUCUUCCGGAAGCACCCCCGCAAAGCGUCCAUCCUCAACAUGCCGUUGGUGACGACGCUCUUCUACUCCUGCUUCUACCACUACACGGAGGCUGAGGGGACAUUCAGCAGCCCGGUCAACCUGAAGAAGACAUUUAAGAUCCCAGACAAACAGUACGUGCUGACAGCGCUGGCCGCUCGCGCCAAGCUCCGGGCCUGGCAUGACGUUGAUGCCCUGUUUACCACCAAGAACUGGCUGGGCUACACCAAGAAGAGAGCACCCAUUGGCUUCCAUCGGGUUGUGGAAAUUUUGCACAAGAACAAUGCCCCUGUCCAGAUACUACAGGAAUAUGUCAAUCUGGUGGAAGACGUGGACACAAAGUUGAACUUAGCCACCAAGUUCAAGUGUCAUGAUGUCGUCAUCGAUACUUGCCGGGACCUGAAGGAUCGUCAGCAGUUGCUCGCGUACAGGAGCAAGGUGGAUAAAGGCUCUGCCGAGGAGGAGAAGAUCGAUGCCCUUCUCAACAGCUCGCAAAUUCGAUGGAAGAAUUAAGUGGCAUCAGCUCCCUGGCACCCGGCCUCAUUUCUUCCUUUCCUGCCUGUGAAAGUCGAGAGUGCUCUUUUUGGGAGAGUUACAGCAUCACAUCACUGGGGCCCAUCGUCAGCAGGCAGUGCCUGCUACCCGUGGGACAGAGACCAGCCUGGGCACCAAGCCUCAGACAGGUCUUCUGUCCAAGGACUGUCACCGAAGGGCCAAGAUCUAAAGCUUUGCUUCAUGAGAGAGACUCUUCACCUGGUGCUCACGUGAAGGUGGGAAUUAAUUUCUAGGUUGGGCCCACAUUGGGCAAGAUUGCUCUUGGUCCGCAGAAAGUGACUGCUCCAGAAAGGAGGUCUCCUGGACCAAGAGGUGCAGGUGUCGUCGGGUGGCCGCUCCACUCCCCUCCGCUAACUGUGCUCGGACCUGGUGCUGGACCCUGGCAUCUGCUCUGCAGGAGGUCAGCACACAACCAGAAUGGCUAUCUCCCCGGGGGGGCCUCGGGAAGGACCGCCCACCUUGCCUGGACCUGUUGGAGGUGCCCUCACCCUGGACUGUACAGAGUCCGCCACUUCACGGCAGAGCCGGCCCGCCCGCCUCUGCUGCCCUGGUCUCCCCUUUACAGACAAGCUGUGGUUCCUCUCUGCCUGCACCCCGGGGAGCCUGGUGUGGGAGAUGAGGGCACCCUGCUUCCCGUUCCUCCUCCCGCCCAGGCCCCCACCUUCCAUGAGUCAGCGGGGCUGGGGCGAGCGCUCCCUUUCUGCACACACGUCCUCGUCUCACUAGGAGCUUCCACAGGUUUCACCAGGGCUGACCUCGGCAGCAUUCCUGGUAGGCUAGCAAGAGGGCGGUUUGGUCUCUCAGUUGGUUUUCAAAAGGAUAUUCUGUAAUGCCUGCGUCCUGUAUUCCUGUGCCAACGUGAGCCUUUCUUCUCUGUGACUGACCUGGGUUUCCCAGACACGCCUGGACGCCUAAUAAAGCCUUUUCUUGGCUCCUUC